UCCACAAUCACAUGUGUGUUUCCAUUUGUCAUCCUGGCCUGAGGAAGAAGCAACAUUAUAAGGAGAUUUAUGAAGAAAGACUGACUUUGAUAGCAGUGUUAUUCUUUUUUUUAGUGAAAUCUUUUCAUGAGGAGAACAAAGAUUUAAAAAGGCUCCUGCGUGCUGUGCUGUCCUGCUGCUGCUGACAUGGAUGAAGAAACCCCACUGCUGACCGGAACACCAUCUAAACCCAAGAUCAACAACUCCAAACUGUUCCUGGCCGUCUUCGCAGCCGUCUUGGGGAACUUCACUUUCGGUUACUCUUUGGUCUUCUCGUCCCCGGUCCUGCCGAAGCUGAAGAGCCCUGAUGCGGACCCUCGGCUCAGGAUGGACACGGAGCAGGCCGCCUGGUUCGGCUCCAUCUACUCACUUGGUGCAGCCGCAGGGGGGUUGGGGGCCAUGCUGCUCAACGACUUGAUUGGACGGAAGCUGAGCAUCAUGAUGUCAGCGAUACCAUCGACUAUUGGAUACAUGCUGAUGGGAGGGGCUGUGGACUUGUGGAUGCUCCAUCUGGGGCGUUUCCUCACGGGCGUUGCUGGGGGAAUGACGGCGGCAUCCAUUCCUGUUUACAUCUCAGAAAUCUCCCACAAAACAGUGAGAGGAGCUCUGGGCUCCUGCCCUCAGAUUACCGCUGUGAUUGGAGCUUUGGUGCUCUAUUCCCUGAGUCUGAAGGUACCGUGGCACUGGAUGGCCGUGGCAGGGGAGCUGCCGGUUCUGUUGAUGGUCGUGCUGUUGGUGUUCAUGCCCUAUUCCCCCCGGAGGCUCCUCUCUCUAGGCAGGGAGGAGCAGGCUGAGAGGGCCCUCCGCUGGCUGAGGGGAGAACACUACGACACACACGCCGAGUUCAGAGACAUACAGCACAGCAUCAAAUCACAGGGGAAAGUCACAUGGUCCGAUCUGGCCGCACCCCUCUAUUACCGACCAAUCUUGAUCUCAGUGGUGAUGCGUUUCCUGCAGCAGAUGACAGGCAUCACUCCCAUUCUGGUCUACCUGGAGUCCAUCUUUUCCCAUAGCAAAGCCGCCCUGGAGCCAAAGUAUGAUGCUGCCAUCGUGGGUGCAGUCCGCCUCUUGUCUGUUGUCGUGGCAGCCAGUUUGAUGGAAAAGGCCGGCCGAAAAGCCCUGCUGUACACGUCCAGCAUGCUGAUGUUCCUGUCCACCCUGACCCUGACCAUGAUCUACCACAACCCAGGUUGCCCGCCAGGCCCCGCCCCUCCUAACAUCACUGCUAUUUCUGACUUCAGCUCCCAUAGUGUUGUUGGAAACCCCGUAGCAGGCCUCCUGCCUCUCAUCUGCACAAUGGUGUUUAUAUUUGGAUACGCCAUGGGAUGGGGCCCAAUCACGUGGUUGCUGAUGUCAGAGGUGUUGCCGCUCGCAGCCCGGGGCGUGGCCUCAGGCCUGUGUGUCACUGUGAGCUGGUUGACGGCCUUUAUGAUCACCCAUGUAUUCACACACCUGGAGGACAAGUACGGCCUGUAUGUGCCCUACCUGCUUUUCAUGGUGGUGUGUGUGCUCUGUCUGCUGUUCAACGCCGUGUGCAUACCAGAGACUCGAGGCCGCUCGCUGGAGGAAAUCGAGAACUAUUUCAGGACGGGACGAUCGUUCACCAUCAACAGGAGUAAUUCUAAUGCACAGACAAGCUGAAGGCCAAAAAUUCCAUUGAUUUUAAAAAAGCAACUUUUCACAUUAUGCAUCUCUAAAGCAGUGAUUUUUUAAUUAUAUAUCAAUAAGAGGGUCUAAGGAAAGACAUUGUGUGUCUUCAGAGUGUGCAUCGUUUAUAUCUCUACAGAAGAUAGUAAACUGUAUGUAGAGCCUGUAAUAUCAGCAGUUAUAAUUGUUCCUAAAAUGCACCAUCUGUAUUUAAUCAAUAUGUUCUUUUAACUGUAUUUCUACCACAUUUAUUCCCUUCUGAUUGCAGGUUGGGUGACGUAUGAUAUCGUUAACUUCAAACAUAUUUUUGGUCAAUUUAACUACUGAUGUGGAUGGAAUGUAUGUAACUGCCAUGCAACCACGGAUCUGGCAACAUCAAGUACUUUGUUGUUUUCUAUGUAGUUACUUGGACUGGUCAGAAGAAGAAUAUUUUCUCAAUAAAUACUUCACUAAAAUCA